GGAAAACCCUGUGUGCUGCUGAGGGAUUCUCCUUUAAAAUAUCUGCAUGGUGACAGGCUGGUCCACUGCUGCCGGAGCCGGGCACCGAGCCUCCCACCCCCCGCCUGUGUGUCCAGCACCGAGAGGGACCACUCCCCACGGACCAAAGAUGACCACUCUGUGCGAUCUGACCCAUGCCGCGCCACAGGAACAGCGCUUUUUGGUGUUGUUCGACUUUGACGAGACCAUCAUCAACGUGAGCAGUGAUGAUGCCGUGGUGUGCGCGCUGCCGGGCCAGCAGCUUCCCGAAUGGCUGAAGAACUGCUUCAGGGAGGGGCACUACAACGAGCACAUGCAGAAGGUCCUGGCCUACAUGGCAGAGCAGGGUGUGUCAGAAGACAGAAUUCGUUCGGUGCUGGAGAAGAUCCCACCAACACCCGGCCUCCUCAAUCUCUUUCAGUAUCUGCAGAGCAACCAGCAGGACUUUGAGUUACUGGUGGUCUCCGACGCCAACAUGUUCUUCAUCGAGACGUGGUUGGAGCAUGCCGGCGUCCGUCCCCUUUUCCGCAAGAUCUUCACAAACCCGGCCAGUUUCGAUGCAACCGGCCAGCUCAUGCUGCUCCCAUUCCACUCCCACUCCUGCUCCCGCUGUCCUGACAACAUGUGCAAGCAGGUGAUCAUGCAGGAGUAUCUAGCGUACCGGCAAAAAGAGCGUGGUGGUACACCCUACCAGGGGGUGUUCUAUAUCGGGGACGGGGCCAAUGAUGUCUGUCCCUCUAUGGCUCUGGGACCCAGGGACACAGCCUUCCCCAGGAGGGACUUCCCCAUGCACAGUCUGCUGCAGGGGAUGCAGCAUUCGUUAAAGGCAAACGUGGUUCCCUGGGCCAGUGGUGAGGACAUAGUGGACUACCUGAGGAAAAUAAUGAAGGAGAGACGGGAUGUGUGUAAUAGAGGGGAUGAAAGAGUGGAGCAGAUAUAGCAAAGGUGCACAGACAUCAGGGCUGGUGAGCAGCAGCAAAUGCAUGAAUUUACCUCAGCCACACUUGGUAAAACUUCUGAAGAUUAAGAUUAAGUUGCAUUUAUUAGUCCCAAACAGAAGAAGAUGUAGCCAGUCAGUGUGAAUCUAUCGGAAUGUGAUGUUUUAGAGGAGUACUUGGACAUUUUAGGAAAUACACUUAUUUACUUUCUUUCUGAGAGUAUGCUGAGCAGAUCAAGUUCAAACUCAGUAACUGGGGCCAGCAGCUGGUUAGCUUAGCAUAGCGCAAAGACUCAAGAUCACUAAAGUACUUUUUAGACAACUCUGGAAACCUAAAAAAAUAAUUGUGUCUGGAUAUUUUCUGGAUCUUGCCUUUCACAUAUGAGGAGCGCUGCAGGAUAUUCUCUGGGUUAGACACAUUCCCUAACACCAACAACAGGCAAGAACAUGCAGGUGGCCGGACAUGAAUUCCUUUGGGAAGGAAAAGUUUUGGAAAAUGUCUGAAGCAUCUGAUAUUUGCAUCCUUCCAUAAAGCCCCUCCGGAACCCAGUGCAUGUCUGAAGGGACACAUCUCUACCAGACUCAAGAAGAACGGCAAUAAACCCCAAGAGAAAACCCCCCUGUUUCCAGUGUUAAUGCUAAGCUAACCAGCAGCAUCAUGCAAGAAAAAGUUAGCCUUCUUAUAGAAAACAUCUUAAUAACAUGGGUAUUAAGUACUUUGAGGAAGUAGGUGCAGAAACACGACUCCUAUUGUAAUGCAAAUAUGUGAGAUCAGUGGUUAAGCCGAUCAGGAUUAAUUCAGUAUUGAUGCACUAAUAUUUGAAGCUAAUGUUUGAUCAAAAUGAUGAAGGUCCUCUUCCUUGCUAAAUUGUAGAGGGAACUAAAUGCAGCGCAGUCGGCUCAUUAAACACACCGCCCCCUUUGAUAUGAAUGUAAUAUACUUUGCAUUUGAACAUCUCACUGUGUCUGAAUUUAAGAUAUGGAAGUCCAAGGUCACGUGCACGGAAAACAAGCGCCUGGAGAACACCUUCCAAGGUGGAGGUUCUCCGUGUCAACAGGCUCCUUUUCUAAACACUUGACACUUCGGCUGAGGCCUCGACGACGGACACAUGAGUGGGAUUGAUUGUUGUAGCGCGAGACGGGACAAAAGACCACACGUGUUGAGUCACGUGGGGACAAGGAUGGCGUAGAGGGGAGAUAAGGUGACAGAGACUCAGGCAACACUGUCUGUACCUGCACCCGGCCAGUGCUGAUACCUAAUCUAGGUCUUGAUUAUACAGCAGUAAUCUACACCAGCACGAGAUCCAAAGGGAAGGCUGUAGCCAAAAUGUACGCCUGCACUUUGUCCCCACUAUGAAACCCUCUGACUCUGGAACAAUGAAAGAAACUAUAAUGCAAAGAACCAAUUGAUAAGAUAGAUUAUCAUUUUUGUUUUGUGAAACCGGUAGUUAGCAUACACUGUUCUUGUAUCCUAUUAAAACAGUGAGUGUGAGUAUUGAGUAUUUACAAAGGUUGCAUUGGGGGGGAUUUGAAUCCUCUAAAAAGUACUAUAUCUUCUUUAUGUUUGAAUGUAUUCCCAGUUAACUUAGAGUUUUAUGAGAUAAAGGUAUAUAUUUAGUAAACUCAACAUAUAACCUCACUGAGACUCUCAACAGGGACUGAGAAAUGUAUGAAAAAAAGAGCAGUUCUAUUCACGGUCUGUUUUUAGCAUUUUAUUAUUCUGUUCAAAUUCAGGGAUUACUGGAGUAGCGUAUUGCAGGUGCUGUUUUCAUUUUCCAUCGCAUUUAAAAUUGAGAAGGUCACUCAGAUGGCACACACCUCCGCCAAGGCCCAACAGUCAUCUGCACCCACUCGUAGUUAUUAGUUUUCUGUUAAGCUCCAUGAAUUAUUCUCGGAGAAAUCAAGGGAACUGCUGCAACACUCCCUACGUUACAGAAAAUGACAACGUUACCUGGAUCCACCAAGUUUCGUGAUAAUUCGUCCAGUAGAGUUUGUGUAAGACACAGACGAAACCAAAACCUUGGCGGAGAUGAUAACCGAUCUAAAUUCCUGCACGAGUUAGGGCAUGUGUACUCUCCAUUUGAUUUGUUCUAUCUAUUUGAAGUUGUAUUCCCUGUUAAUACACCCAUAAGUUCUCAAUCACUGACGAUGACUUAAGGGCAGAGGUAUGAAUAAUCGUAUAUAUCUAUGAACAUCUUUAUCAAGCCAUUACAAUCAACAAUAAGUAACUUCAAGCCUUGAAAAACCACAUUACGCUGCUUAAGUGCUGAAAACGUUUCCUUUAACCAGUGUUUUUAUUUCUCAGGGAGUAUUAGAGAAAGUGUUAGCAAGCAAACAGAGUAGUAAUAAUGUAUAUUUAUGGAACUGUGGUUAUUUGCAGUCUUAGAUUCGCUGCUCUAAGAACAAAGUGUCUGUUUGUGAUUGAAAAUCAAUUCAGCUGCAAGAGUUUGAGUUUGAAACUCUUGGAGAUCUAAACCUGCUGUAAUCCACUCGUUCUCUGUGAUUAGGAGACUGAAGUUCUGUGAUCUUUGCUCCCUCUGAUGCUGGAAUUACUGAAAAUGUCAAACCGGUACUUUAAGUUCAUUGUCUAAUGAGACUUCCACAGAGUUUUGUGCAAUAAUUAAAUGCUGUGUACAUGAUAUGAUGUAAAAGAGAUUUAACAGAUAGAAAAAUGUCACAAUUGACAUUUUCAGGGAAUUGAAAUGACCCACGAUAACCAAACUACAGUAUUUUACGAUACAAAGUUCAAAUAACAACCAAAUUGAAGUAGGACAUGUGUUGUGACGAUAGGUCUCUGAUUAUUAUGCUAUAUUUAGCUUUUCUUUUUGUGGUUUGCUGUUUCUUUGGAGUUUUUACUUUUAAUCAAGACUUUGGGUACGUGUGUAAUGCAUCAUUGUAUCAGGAAUAUAAAGCCAUUAUCUGAUUCACCUUG